AUGGGUGUGGUGAGAACCAUAGCCCUCGUCAUUUUGGGGAUUUCUGGAUUUGUCUUCGUUGCUCUUUUUGGGAGACUGCCUGCAUUUCGAAAGACUCCCAUUGGCUUCUUGCAUAGAGUUUUAUGCAUAUCUAUUCCCCGCCGACUAGCUUCUAUUGACAGUGUUCUCUUUGGUGGCCGACUUGAAUACUGCUGCAGUCGAUCUGGCAGAUACGUAUUGCAUGAAAACCACCCUCUUGUCCUUAUCUUCUUUCUCGUUAUUCUCAUAAUAGGCCAAUGCAUAUUCAUCCCGGCCGCAUGGUCAAGGGUGUCUCUCGUGCAUCGAGUCUGCAUACUCUUUCUAAUAUGCUUGCCCUAUGGGUUCCUGUACGCCAGCAUUGCCACCAAAUCCUACAUCACCACCAGGAACCACGGAGAGGAACUGGAACGGUACCCCUAUGACAGAGUUCUGUUCCAUCCUGGGCGUUACUGUAAGACAUGCCAGAUGCUGAAACCUGCACGAAGUAAGCACUGCAGUAUAUGCAAUGCCUGCGUUUCCCGACAUGACCACCACUGCGUUUGGCUGAUGAACUGCGUUGGGCUGAACAACUACGGCUACUUCCUGUCCAUGAUCUUGUCACUCAGCGUCAUGUUGCUGUAUGGGUCCUGGCUGGGCCACUCGCUCCUCACGCAAACGCUGGACAAGCAUCUGCCACCAAGUUCCCACAUUCGGACGACCCGGCAGAGUUGGGUCACCUUUUUCAAUAUCUGGGCCGGCGUCGUGGCCAUCGAUAUCCGCGUCGGGUCGGUGACCAUGUUGAUGCUCAUGACGGCUCCGCUCGCGAUGGCCUUUCUCGUGUACCAUACGUAUCUCAUUUGGGCGGGCAUGACUACAAAUGAGAGCUCGAAAUGGUCGGAAUGGAAGGAAGAUGUAAUCGAUGGGUUUGUUUUCAAAGCUUCCAAGGCCGAGAUCUAUGAUUCUUCUCCUCUACUGGGAGAAUACCAGAGGCCUGAAAAUUCCUGGCCCGUGAGCAGUGAUAAAGUCCUUGUGGUCACUGAUGAGCCACCGAAAGAAGGGUGCCUUCUGUCACCAGAAUCAAAUGAAAUCACUCAGCCAAGCGAUCGGAAUGCGCCCAUUGAUCAGAGGUGGACUCCAGUGCGCGGUAUGGACGAGAUCGAUAACAUCUAUGAUCUUGAUCUAUCGAUCACAAUGGCGGACCGGGCUGCAGCAGAGAUGAAGCCAAAAUGUACACCCGCCGAGCUCAUGUUAAAGGUCAUCCUGACGGGAACCUUGAGCCACUACGAGACGCGCGGGAUGAUUGACGACAAGCGUUUAGAGCACAUGCUGUCGGCAGGGAAACAAAUCCUGUACAAAACUCAUCAGGAAAGCGAUGUGCGACACAAUUUGGGACUGUCUCCCGACAUCUGGCAAGGGUUCACGGACGUAUUGACGAAAGCGAUCCCGGUGCUAGAAUCGCAGUCCUUUGCCUGGAAAUGCCCCCCGACCGCGAACUACGAUCACUCGUCCUCGAACCUCAUCGCCUACAACUACUUUUCGCUAGUUAAGGACAUCGAGCGUUUAAAUGACCUAUGUACCAUCGCACGCAAUCUCCUCGCGACCACGAAAAAAGCGCAAAACAUGGCCGCGGAAAAAGGGUUCGAUCAGAGGAUCUUGGCGCUGGUGGAUACAUGUGUGAGAGUUACGGCGCGCGGCUUCGACGGGGAAACAAAUGCGAGGAACGAGGAACGCUGGCAGAAGGUGGUCAACCUUUACAAGCGCCUUUUGAUCACCUGUCUCCAGUUCCUGCAUAAUUUUAUCAUGCACAAUGAACAGCGGAAGAUGGUCCUCUGGCUGGAUCUGUUCGGGUAUCAUUCAACGGGGGAUUCGAAUAUCAUCCAGCCCAGGGAGCCGCUCGAUCAAGUCAGCAGUCAACCCGAAGGCGUGGCGCCCAUUGUGAAAACCGGAGAAAGAAUUGUCAACCCCCCGAUUCGCGCACUUUACGAUCAGACUGCGGAGGAUCUACUACUGGAGACGAUCUCCAACUUCCCCAGAGAACCCGCGACGAUCAAGGAAGAAGCGGCCAUGCUCUUACUCGCGAACAUCAAAGAUCACAUGGAGAAGCUUCUUGGACGCGAUCUAACUGCCAUACAGGAGAUGGGAAAAGACCCUGAGCAGGUCAAGGAGAUCAGGGCGGCUCUGACCGCGAUUCUGGGCGCUAAGGUGGACGGUUGGUCUGAUCUUCAAGACCGGGCCAAGGACCUUCCGCCUGCGUUGCCGGAAGAUGAACCGCCGCGCAAGAAGUCCAUUCUUACAAUCGAUCGCAGCUCUACGGCGGGGUUCCCGCGCAUCUGCUGGGCCGAUCUUCCCGACCUCAGCGAAUACGGUGCCCUCGCAUCGGGCGACGCCCCUAUCAUAGAGGAAGAUACUAGCAUGCCCCGGUCCGCGCAAUCAGCCGCAGAGACGCUCCAAGAGGCUAAGGACGAGCUCAUGGCAAGAUUGCAGGAGACUUCGCAGAUCGGCGGCGAUGGCGAUCAUGAUUACGAUACAGGAGAUGCCGGGACGGUGGGCGACGAGGAUUCUCGCAGUCUGGAGGCCGUUGCAGAUGGCAGCAUAGAGGAGGAAGAGGAAGAAGAUGACGAGGACGAUGACGACUAUAGAGGCCGCCCGGGCGAUCAACAGCGAGGUUUAUUAACCGACAUCCCUCUCGUGCUGGGACCGGCGGAGAUCGAAGCUCUCCCGAUGAUCAUCCAAGCGGGCAUAGUCGACAGUUUCGGGCUGAAGGGUGGCGAGCGGACUGGAUCUAGGAACAUGCAGUCCCUCAGAUGUCACGUUCUCCUCACCCAAGAGACAGGACGGAAUCUCCUCCGGGAGCUUCUGAUCUUCAUCGCCGCGUGGGAUCUCCCCGACGACGAGCUCUACUUCAAGAUGAUGGUUCAGAUCAUGGACGCAGUGCUCAAGAACGGCCUCAUGUCCCACGCGUAUUCCGACUUCGGCCAACCAAAGGACAUCAUUUCACCAGCGCAGGCCGUUGUGGUCAAAAUCCUCACGCACAUCUUCCGCACCAAGUACUCGCCCGCCUCCGUCACAGGCUCAACGCCAGCCAGCGCAGCGAAGAACCCAGCGCCGCUUCUACGCGUCGACGUCCUCACCGUGCGAUACAUAUUCACCAUCUUCCGCGGGAACAUCAUCCCCGAGACGUGCGCGUUAAUCUACCUGCAAGGCCAGAUCCGCGCGGGGCGCGCCCUACCCGAAGACUUCCCGCUGAACCUGUGGGACAUGGAACGCGUCUACGAAGGCGUCUACCAGUUCCUCGAAUUCUUCGCCGUCCUGACCGAAAACAACGACUGGAAGAACUUGCUCUUCAAGUGGGAGAUCGUCUACGACCUAGUAACCCUCAUCAAGGAACUCGAGGCCAGCAUUCCCAAGGGCCAGCUCAGCGCGCUGUCCUUCGGCCGCCACAGCCCGCCCAGAGAGCCUCCGCAACAACAACAACAACCAGGCUCCACGCCCGGACCCGUCGCCGUCGAGCGACCCUACGACCCCAGCGAUCCGGACCCCAUCGACGCAGGCGCCGGAUCCCGAGCGGAGUCCCCGCCAAUCACAGAAGACCCGUCGGAGUUCGAGUGGCGCAAUCUCAAGAAACUAGUCGUGCUAGUCCUGUCCUCGCUGGUGUGGAAGUGCCCUGAAGUGCAAGAUCAGAUCCGGCGGUACGGCGGCGUCGAGACCAUCCUAUCGUGCACGAACUUCGACGCGCAUAACCCGUACAUCAAGGAACACGCCGUCAUGUGUCUCAAGUUCUUGCUGGAGGGGAACCGUGAGAAUCAGAAGCUCGUUGAGGAUUUGGAGGCGAGGGAGGUGGUUAAGGAUGAUGGAGGAUUGCUGGAGAGGAGUGGGUUCAAGGCUGUGAUUGAGGAUGGGAAAUUGGCUAUUCGACCAAAGGAUGAGGGGAGGUUCAGCUUUUAG